AUGUAUGCGACUUUCGGAUUACCUAGAAUAACCGAGCGAUAUGCUUCUUUUUCAUGUUAUCAACAAAUGCAUUCUUUUGGAUUCGAUCCUGUCGAGAGGAAGCAUAAGGUUCUGAGCACACGUGUGAUUAUUAUGGGAGGGCUCGAUGGCAGGUUGAUCAUGGAGUCAUGGGUGCUCACCCUGGGGACAGAGAAGUGGAGGCAGGUCGAAGGUUGUGCAGCCCAUGAUAAGAAGGGUCGCGAGGUCUGCUUCGAUGGGGUGGUCUAUUACAUGGCUUGGAGUUGUUUGCAUGGCGUCCAUGGGGAUGAUUACCUGGUGGCGUUUGAUGUUAGGACGGAGAGUUUUCGCAUGAUUACAAUUCCCGCCGAAGCCCACAAAGAUAUACACAGAGCCCUCCUUAUUAAAUUCGAGGAGCACGUUGCGAUGGUGGAUCGUAACAAGGCUCUGUCUUGUGAGGAGAUUAUUAUGUGGAUCCCGGAGGACUUUGAUCAGGAAAUAUGGAAGAAGAGAGUUUUCAGCUUGCCCUCAUAUUGGAAGGAGAUUGCCCCGGACCGCCGAGUUUUUCCAGUGGGUACGGUUCGUUCUGGUGAACUAUUGUUCGCGCCUCGAACCUUAUCAAAGCCUGUGUGCAUGUUUUACUACAACUUGAAGACCAACAGCUUAAGGCGGAGUGAAAUUUGCGGGUUGGAUGAUGUGUCUCCUGAAUUUUGUGCUUUGACUUUUUUAAAUCAUGUCGAGAGUUUACUCUCGCCAAGAGGUCUUCCCUGUAGGAAAUAG